AUGUUUAUCAUUCCAAAUACGGAUACGUUGAAAUGUCCUAUCACAUGUGAAUUAUUUCGUGAACCAGUUACUGGUCAAGAUGGUCAUACAUAUGAACGAGAUGCAAUUAUAACAUGGCUUAAAAAAAAUGGUACAAGUCCAAUAACACGUGAACCAAUGACUAUCGAAUCAUUACGACCAAAUCAUACCGUUAAACAAUUAAUUGAUGAAUUCAAAUCAUCAUCAUCACAAAAACAUUUUUUAUUCAAAUUUGGUGUUGAUAUAAAAAAAGCAGAAAGACGAGCAAUCUUUCAAGCACCUGGUAAAGCUAUUUAUAGAGCUGAAUGGAUAUCAAAACCUGGUCCUGCUGUUGUUCUACUCAAAAUCGACGGAGCUAAAGCAAGUCGAGAAGCAUCAUAUUAUGUUCAACUUGGUUGUCAUCCUCAUAUUGUACAUACAUAUGGUAUGGUUGAAAAUGAUGCUAAUUCUCUUAUGCUUGUACAAGAAUAUGCAAGUGAAGGUGAUCUUGCAGAACUUUUAAGAGAAAAUGAAUUUCGACCAUCACAAUCAGUUUUAUUAGAAAUAUUUUUACAAAUUAUUGAUGCAAUGGUCUAUCUUGCUGAUUAUGGUAUUGUACAUGGUGAUCUAGCUUGUCGUAAUGUACUUGUUUUUCGAUUCAAUGAUGUUGAUCCUCAACAGAACUUAGUCAAAUUAACUGAUUUCGGUUUAACACGUGCUAGCACAUUAUAUUCUGUUGUUGGUAGUACAGCAGCGACAACACUUGUCGUCGUUCCUUUGAGAUAUGCUGCACCUGAAAUUCUUCAAAAUUCAGGUCUAUCAAAUUAUUCUGAAAAAUCAGAUGUGUAUUCAAUGGGCAUUCUAAUGUGGGAAGCUUGUUCACAAGGACAAUUACCUUAUGCAUCAAUUGAAGAUGAUAAUGAAGUUCGUCGAUAUAAACUCAAAGGAGAAAUCUUAAAUCGACCUGAAAAUUGUGAUGAAACAUUAUGGAAUAUAAUUGUUCGUUGUUGGCAUCGACAAUCAGAAGCUCGUCCAACAUUUAAAAUGUUGAAACAAUCAUUGUUAGAAUUACAAAAACGAUGGGCAGCAGCUAGAAUAAAUAAAUUUCGCGAUGCUGGAGCAGGCUACCUUGCUGAUGCAUUAAAAAAGAAUCAGACAUUGACAACACUGUAUCUUCCAGGAAAUAAAAUUGGUGAUACAGGGGCAAAGUAUCUCGCUGAUGCAUUAAAAAAUAAUCAAAUACUGACAACAUUGAAUCUUUUGCUUUGUGGAAUUACCGAUGCAGGAGUGCAGCAUCUUGCAGAAGCACUACGAAAUAAUCAGACAUUAACGACACUACAUCUCUCAUCCGAUCAAAUUGGCAAUGCAGGAGCAAAGUACCUUGCUGACGUAUUAAAAAAUAAUAAAGCAUUGACGGCAUUGUAUCUUUCAGGAAAUAAAAUUAGCGAUACAGGAGCAGAGUAUCUUGCUGAUGCAUUAAAAAAUAAUCAGACAUUGACAAUACUGGAUCUUCAGGCAAAUAACAUUGGCGAUGUAGGAGCAGGGUAUCUUGCUGAUGCAUUAAAAAAUAAUCAGACAUUGACAACAUUGAAUCUUGAAGAGAAUGAGAUUGCUGAUGCAGGAGCACAGAAAUUCGCGGGAGUACUACAAAUUAUUCAGACAUUGACAAUACUCGAGCUUCGUGGGAAUAAAAUUGGCAAUGCAGGAGCACAGCACCUCGUAGAGGCACGAGAAACUAACCAGACAUUGACAAAACUGACUUUUUGA